CUAUUAUUUUGAUUGAUGGAUAUUAAGCCUUAAAUAUUUUAAAUUUAUGGUUGUUGAAAAUUUUAAGAUAUAUAUUUAAUUAAGUGUACAUUUUAAAUAGAUUUUUGUGUUGAAAAACAUUCUACUUCAAUCCGAACAUCCAAAGCAUUCAACUUCAAUCCGAACAUCCAAAACCGUUGCGAUUUGUUUCCUGAAAAAAAUUAGAAAAAUAACCCCUUCGUGCGAUCGCCAUUGCCGUCUCUCUCUUUUGCAGGCUCAGCGCAAGUCACCAAACCAGUGGUAGCGAUUUGCAGAUUACUGUAAUAAGAGGAGCAGAUGAAGGAGGAUCUGAAUCCCUCUAACAAGGGACGCAACUUUCCGGUGGACCCGAACCUUCCCAGAUGGGUCUGCCAGAACUGCCAUCAACAUCUCUACUUCGUUGGCGUCGAUUCUUAUGCCGACAAGUACUUGAAUGAUUCCUCUUCUCGCUCUGGACUGCAGGGGACUUCAGUCCAUGGGGCAGGCAGUGUAUUUAGUUCAACUCGUAUGGACAAUUCGUAUGUUGUGCUGUCAAAACAAAAGACCCAGGCACAAGGGGUGCCCCCUCGUCCUCGCAGUGGAGCUGCCCAGUCUGAUACAAACCAGUCUGGGAAGGCAAUGGAAGAUUCAUUUGUGGUGUUGCCUCCAGCGGCAGCAUCUGUCUACAAUUGUGAAUCUGCAUCAGAUGCAGGUGGGACCCAUUUACCAUCAAUGGAAGGAGGCCCCACUAGUCACUUGCAACCAAAUAAUGCUGGUUUUCACUCAACUAUAACUGUCUUGAAGCGUGCAUUUGAUAUUGCAACAACUCAGGCACAGGUUGAGCAACCUGUAUGCCUCGAAUGUAUGAGAGUGUUGUCAGAUAAACUUGACAAGGAAGUUGAAGAUGUGAACAGGGACAUCAAAGCAUAUGAGGCUUGCCUUCAGCGUUUAGAGGGGGAGGCUCAAGAUGUUCUUAGUGAGGCUGAUUUCCUCAAGGAGAAAUUAAAGAUUGAAGAAGAAGAGAGGAGACUCGAAGCAACGAUUGAAGAAACUGAGAAACAGUGUGCUGAAGUAAAUGCUCAACUGAAAGAACUAGAGUUGAAAUCUAGCCGCUUUAAAGAAUUGGAGGAGCGGUAUUGGCAUGAGUUCAAUAAUUUUCAAUUUCAGCUAAUUUCACACCAGGAAGAGAGAGAUGCAAUUUUGGCCAAGAUUGAAAUUUCUCAAGCACAUCUAGAGUUGUUGAAGCGAACCAAUGUACUAAAUGAUGCCUUCCCGAUCUGGCAUGAUGGAGAAUUUGGAACGAUCAACAAUUUUCGACUUGGACGACUUCCGAAAAUUCCUGUUGAGUGGGAUGAGAUAAAUGCGGCUUGGGGUCAAGCUUGUCUUCUCCUCCAUACAAUGGCACAGUAUUUCAGGCCAAAGUUCCAAUACCGAAUAAAAAUACUUCCUAUGGGGAGCUACCCUCGAAUAAUGGAUAGCAACAACAAUACCUAUGAACUGUUUGGUCCUGUUAACUUGUUUUGGAGCACUCGCUAUGAUAAAGCAAUGACAUUGUUCUUGACAUGCCUUAAGGACUUUGCGGAGUUUGCGAAUUCGAAGGAUCAAGAAAACAACAUCCCCCCUGAGAAAUGUUUCAGGCUGCCCUAUAAGAUCGAGAAUGACAAAGUGGAAAAUUAUUCUAUCACACAGAGCUUCAACAAGCAAGAGAACUGGACCAAAGCUCUCAAGUACACACUCUGCAAUUUGAAAUGGGCCCUCUACUGGUUUGUCGGGAACACAAAUUUCCAGCCUCUUUCUGCCUUGGCAGCUUCACAAGCAGAAGUUCCAGCUGUAGGCUCAUUGUAUACAAAGCAUGGUGCUGAUUUCAAGUCUGAAUCUCGUAACUCAUGAAAGCCAUGGUAAAUAGUAAGCAACAUACAAUGUGUAGAUACAAAUACAUAUAUCGUUCAAUGUUGUUCAAUUCAUGCCAACAAUAUCACAUUUGUUGUUAGAAAUUUGAUAGGAUUGAAUAACAAAAAAUUGCUGUUUCACUA